AUGAUAUCAAUACCGAGUAAGCAGUCUCAGCAAUCUACAUACCUAACCAUUCGCCUAAUAGAGGCAAAGCUUAAAAACAAUGUAGCUCGAUUAGGGAAAAUGAGCCCUUACGCUGAAGUUCAAUGUGGCGAGCAGAUCUGGAAAUCUCAAGCAGCAGCAGGCCAACAUCUUGAUCCUCACUGAAACCAGUCACAUACUUUUAUAGCUAAGGGUCUCUUUCCUUUUGAAGUCCGAUUUUUACACAAAUCUAGAAUCUUUUCGGACGUUGAAAUUGGAAAAGUCACUAUAACCAUUGAUGAGUCAAGCCGCAAAAAAGGUGCUAGUUGAUGGAAUUUAGCAGAUGCUUCUGGACGAGUCCUCUUGUGUUACAUCUGAGAAGAAGCUACAGAACCUCCUAACUCUGAGAUAGAUUAUCGUAAACUAAUACACGAAGUUGAAUUGGAAAAGGAAGAAGUCAAAUAUUACAAGAAAAAAACACAGCGAAAAUUAUGAAAUUUAUUCUUUUUUUACGAAAUUCUUAAAUUUCAAUGAGAUUUAAUAAAAUUUGACGAUUUAUAUAGAGAAGGUAUAAAAAUUGAGAGCAACUCAUGCAAAAAGCACAUAAAAAGAAUUACAACGACAGAAGAGAGCACACAUUCGUCCACAGAAGACCUAAAUUUAAAAAGUCCAAGGACCAGCAUAGGGAGAACUUCAACUAAAAUUGACAAAAUCAGAGAAGAGCGAGAGAAAGUCAGGGGUGAGUACAAAAUGAUGAUGGAAAUAAAGAAAAAAGCCAGCAGAGAGUAUGAAGAACUUAUGAAAAAUAAAGUCAUAAUGCAAAGAGAAAUGAAGCAUAAAGGAGUGCCUAGAAACAGCUCAGAAGAAAGGAAAGGGGUAAAAGAAGAAAUGCUAAAUGAAGCCCAUGAAAUAAACCAGGUGAAAAUGACACUAAAAGUGAAAGAAACUAUAAUAGAAGAAGAUACACAUACAAUUAUGGAUAUGCUUGGGCAAAUACAAAAAGAAAGAGCAGAACUUGAGCUGAGAAAGAGUAUAGUGAGUUUUGAUGAGUUGGAAAACAUAUAA